AAUCUCUUCCUCAGGCUCACACUAGAGCUGGGAAAACUGUUUGUGUCCUUAUGCCCCUAUGGCCAGCUCAAAGGGGACCUGGAGUUUGGUGGAUGGAUCGGUUUGGAGAAUGAGGCAGAGGUCUCCCUGUGCAACUUCACGGGGAGCCCUGCCCCCCAGGGACUGGCAGCCGAGAGCACAGGCCUGGGUGUCAUAGAGGUAAUUGCCAACCAGGGGGCCAAGGCCUGCCCCCUCCACUUCUGCGGACAGAGACACUCCGGGACUCGGGAGGCGGCCUUUGUGUACGCCAUCUCUUCAGCAGGUGUGGCCUUUGCGGUGACACGGGCAUGCAGCAGUGGGGAGCUGGAGAAGUGUGGCUGUGACCGGACGGUGCAUGGGGUCAGCCCUCAGGGCUUCCAGUGGUCUGGAUGCUCGGACAACAUCGCCUACGGCGUGGCCUUCUCACAGUCGUUUGUGGACGUGCGGGAGAGAAGCAAAGGGGCCUCGUCCAGCCGGGCCCUCAUGAACCUCCACAACAAUGAGGCCGGCAGGAAG